AGGAGAGAGCAAAAAGAGGGUGAGAGUGAAGAUGCAGCGAGGAGAGGAGAAGCGAGUAACGAGAGGAGUGGGAGAGAGCACGAUAGAGAGAGGAGCCGACAGCCAAGGGGAAGGAAUCCGACGGAUAUCGAGAACGAGCGCAGUGCGCGUGAGAUCGGCAGCAAGUGACGAAAAGGAGGAGCAGGCGGAGGACGAGAAGGUGGAGGAGGUAAGAUCCGAGGACGAGGAAGAGGAGGAGGAGGAUCCGAGGAGGAGGAUCCGAGGAGGAGGAGGAGGAGGAGGAGGAGGGGAGACAGGAGGAGAAGAGGAGUACAAAGAGGGAGACGAGAAAAGAACACGAGACAAGGAGAAAGCCACAGCACGAAGUGAGGGGAAGGCGGGCGGGCCAUAGCGAAACCUUAAAAGCUCACCAACAGACGGGAGGAGCAAAGGCGGGCAUGGAGUUACUGUGGCAAAUGGGGUUAA